AUGGAUAAGAGAUUGGAAGUGUUGGAGGAAGAUGCCGAGGAAAGUUAUAGAUACUUGGUAUCGGACGAAAAAUCUUCAACUUUAAGAGGACCUGAGAAAUUAACUGACAGGAAAGAAGUGAAUGAUAAGCAACCAGCUAAAUGGGUUCAUUUCAUUGCUGGAGGGAUUGGUGGUAUGACAGGAGCCAUAUUAACAAGUCCUUUGGAUGUGGUGAAAACAAGAUUACAAUCAGAUGUUUACAAUAAGAUGUAUAAUCAAACACCUAAAUCAUCUAACCCUAUAAUUAAGUCAUUACAACAUUUUAAAGAAACUGGAAGUGUUUUAAGAGGUUUGUACACCAACGAAGGAUUCAGAGCAUUAUUUAAAGGGUUAGGUCCAAAUUUAGUAGGGGUAAUACCAGCUAGGUCGAUUAAUUUCUUUACUUAUAGUUCAACUAAAGAAAUCAUCUCAUCGAAUUUUAAUAAUAACCAAGAAGCAACUUGGAUUCAUUUAUUAUCAGGUAUAAGUGCUGGAUUCGUAACAUCUACUGCCACCAAUCCUAUUUGGUUGAUCAAAACAAGAUUACAAUUAGAUAAAUCAAAAGGAAAGAAUUAUAAAAGUUCUUGGGAUUGUCUCAAAUAUGUAGUUAAAACCGAAGGAGUUGGAAGUUUAUAUAAAGGGUUAACUGCAUCAUAUUUAGGAGGUGUAGAAUCAACCUUACAAUGGGUACUUUACGAACAAAUGAAAACAUUCAUAAAUAAUAGAGCUAUAAGCAAAGAAAAUAAAACCACUAAAGAUCAUAUUUUAGAAUGGUCAGCAAGAUCUGGAGCUGCAGGAGCUGCCAAAUUCAUAGCUUCUUUGAUAACAUAUCCUCAUGAAGUGGUGAGAACCAGAUUGAGACAAGCUCCUUUAGAAUCUACUGGAAAGCCAAAAUACACUGGGUUAAUUCAAACUUUUAGAUUGGUGUUCAAGGAAGAGGGUAUGGCAAGUAUGUAUGGAGGUUUAACUCCUCAUUUAUUGAGAACAGUACCAAAUUCCAUCAUAAUGUUCGGUACUUGGGAGAUAGUAGUUAGAUUGUUGUCUUAG